AUGGGCAGCCACAGCCUGCUCGCUUGGGCAUUCGUUCUCCCAUCUCUCAUUCAUGCGACGUCUCCUCCCGCUGGCAUCACCGUGUCGUCUUUCGCUGGCGCCACGACCACCUUCGCGUUUCCACCGGCUGGACAAACGAUAACGGUGCCAGACCCUGCAUUUCCGGAUGGUGAGCAAGUCGGCUUUCCGGGACCCACGCCCACGGGCGACGAGGCUAUAGCCAUCGCGACCGCUCCCAGCAUCGCAAAAUUCACCAAUGUCUUCCCCCUGAUCAACCCUGCGACUUCCAACCCCAACUCAAAAGCGCCCUUCGAUGUCUUACACCACUUCGGCAACCUCGCGCCCUGGCAAUCCCUCUCCUCCGCUUGGCUCUCGGCACGUUUAGCCAAUGCCUCACCCAAGAUACCCGCGGGUUGCCAACUCGACCAGGUUCACCUCGUCCAUCGCCAUGGAGCACGGUACCCGACGACCGGCGCACCGCCCUCUGCCUUUGCCGCAGCACUUCAUGCCGUUGCGCAGGCAGGUAACCUCACCGUCACCGGUCCACUUUCCUUCCUCGCCACAUGGGAAUAUAAACUGGGUGCGGAGAUUUUGACGCCAUUUGGUCGGUCGCAGCUAUUCGACUUGGGUGUCGGGUUCCGUGUCAAGUAUGGCGACUUGCUGAAGGGAUUCACCAAACUUCCCGUCUGGAGGACAACGUCGCAGGGCCGCAUGCUGGACUCCGCUUUACAUUUCGCUGCCGGCUUCUUUGGCGUCCAGACCUAUCAGCAAGACUACCACCAACUGAUACAGAUCGAACAGCUGGGAUUCAAUUCAACGCUUUCACCGUACUACGACUGUACCAAUGGAAUCAAUGAUCACUCCAACUUCGGCACAACACAAGCGCUGAAAUGGGCUAACGUGUAUCUUGCACCAGCAGUGAAAAGGCUGCAGCCGUUCAUCAAAGGGUUGCCGUUGACACCAAGCAUCUUGUUCGCAAUGCAACAGCUCUGCGCUUAUGAGACAGUGGCGCUCGGUUAUUCGACCUUCUGUCCUCUCUUCACCGACGAUGAAUGGACUGGCUACUCAUAUGGCAACGAUCUCGCAUUUUGGUAUUCGUUCGGGCCGGGAAACCCGACUACGAGCGCGCAGGGUAUUGGUUACGCACAAGAGCUUCUCUCCCGGCUUACUCAAACGCGGAUAACCAAGUUCGACACGUCAAUAAAUGCCUCAAUCGCCACUAACGAAACGCUGUUUCCCUUUGGACAACCGAUCUAUGUGGAUGCUACGCACGACACAAUCAUUUCCGCAAUUCUUACGGCGAUGAAUUUCACAGCGCUCGCUGCGGAGGGACCAUUACCGACGGACCAUAUUCCGCCGAACCAUGUCUACAUCGUCAACAACGUCGCGCCGUUCGCGUCGAAUAUCGUCACACAGGUCCUCACCUGUCCUGCCCCCGCCACUCCCAGUGCGAACACAAAGCCAACACACAUUCGUAUGAUCCUCAACGAUGCUGUCCUUCCGUUGACCGGACUCGCGGGCUGCCAGCCCAACUCUGACGGGACAUGUCCUCUCGACACGUUUGUCAGCGCGCUUCAGAAGCGCAUCGGCGAGGUGGACUACCAGUUCGAUUGCUUCGCUAACUAUUCGAUUCCCGAUCCGGAUCCCAUUGUCAACGGGCAAUUUCCCCAGUAA